AUGUUGUCAAUUCUAGAAGGUAGUAAGUUAGCUAUCACGACAUUAGACAUGCACCUGCCAGACAAAUGUGGAGUUCUUAAGGAAGAUCGUUAUAGUGUGCGGAGUUCACCACAAUGGCUUGGACCAGCUGUUGAAACACUUAACGAAGCAUGCAGAAGAAUAACAAUUGAACUUAACAGCGCAAAUGAUAAUCCACUAAUUGACCAUCGCACAGAUACAGUUUUACAUAACGCUAAUUUCCAGGGAGAAACUAUGUCUAUCGCAAUGGACCAAACACGACAAGCGCUUGGAAUUUGCGGGAAGCUACAAUUUGCUCUAUUCGAAGAGGUUGUAAAUGAUAAGCUGAAUUUCGGAUUGCCACCGAAUCUAAGUGGAUGUGACAUCAAUGUUGAUUUCGGAUUCAAAGACUGUGAUAUAGCAAUGGCCUCUUACAUGUCUGAACUCGAUCAUUUUGUCAACCCUAUGAGUAAUCAUAUAUUGAGUGCAGAAUGCCACAACAGGCACAAUGAAAAUGUACAACUUUAUACGAAAAUACCUCAAUAUUCCCUUUUAUUGUGGACAACAUGGCAUCGAUUCCUGGCUAAGAAAGAUCCUACAGUCCAUACAGAGCAGAGAGAUAGAAAAUGUUCUCGAGGAGAUAUUUACACCAAUCUUGAACAUUGA